CUUUCCUUUCCUUUCCUUUCCUUUUACCCCUUUUCUCUUCUUUUCUUUGCUGCCGACAACGGUUUCGCAUCAGUCGGCGACGAGCAUAUCAAAGCUCCGGGAUGUGCAAAUACGUUUUUUAACCGACAUUGAUUGUCCUUCUGAUACAAUCGAUUGCGCACCACAAGAAAAAAGGGGCCAGCAACAUUUCCCUUGUGAAUAGGUACAAGCAAAUGCCCUAAAAAGGAACGUUCGGUCCUAGCUGGAACUCUAUUACCGAUAUUGACGAGAAGUUGCCACUACUAUUCAAUCGUGCACGGAAACUACUUCCAAGUCGAUUGCUCGAGCAACUCAAACUCAAACUCCGGCGGGCGGAUCAACCGUUUAACCUAAUCAUUUUCCUCACCCUGGUGAAAUAACAGAAAAGGAAACAAUGGCUUACAGAGUUCCUUUCUCAGCGGACCUCGAUCGCACUCAGAAUCUAUUCGAUUUCGAUUUCGCCGCUCCAGACACCGGCAACCAAUUUUUUCAGAACACUUUGGGACCUCCAUUGUUAGGAGCUUCUUCCAACUCGAACGCGUUCCCUUUGAAUACGGAUCCAUUCAAUAACGUUCCCAACUUCAACCAACAAUUUCAAACCCCCCAGCUCCCCCCGCUACCCGCCGUAUUUCCUGAGCGUCACUUUGCCGACACCUUUGGUUCACAACAAACCAACCCUUCAUUUCCCAACUAUCAAUACCACCAUCAAUCGCCACCCGCCACUACUUACAACCGUGGUCGAGAAGGACCUAGCUGGUUACCAGAUCCUACAUAUGCCGGGUUAGACCCGAAUCCGCGCCGACCGACACCUACAUACGUGGAACAUCGCACCGGCGUUGCCCCGCUAAACGCGCAACAACCAAGGUUGCCGUCAUCUACAACUUACAAUUCUCGUACUCACAACCGUCAGUCAUUUAGAUCCGGCCCUGAGCCGAACAGCGACGAUUAUCUAUCCGCCUUGGUUGACGGUAAUUUUUCCUCGCCUUCGCUGCCUCCCAUCGCCAGCAGUCCUCUACAAAAUACUCGACUACAAUCCGCGAACCUCCCAAAGCCUUUAGAAAUCGGUGAGGCGAUGCCAUCUGAACCCCAUAGCCGAAGAGCGAGCAGAGGAAAUCCGGUCGAUUUGACAAAGGAGGAGCCUAAUUUCGAUUCUACUUCCGGCAUUGACCCUAAUACACCCAGCAUGCCGCCUACCACUAGAAAGCGAGGAGCUACCGCCGUUAACGGCGAAACGCAGAUAACUCCUUCCAAGCGACGACGAGCUUCUCGAUCUUCUCCAUCAACCGCCGGCCGAGCAAAUAAGGCGAAACCGAAACAAAGUGCCGCAAACCCGUUUUCUGACGAAGAGAUUCCCGAAUGUGAAGCUUUGGGCCCCGAUACCCAGGAGACCAUCGACUUAUCUAACGCCACUGAAGACGUUCCCCAGGAACUUUUAGCCCCGAAAGUCGACUCUCGUAUUAAGCUAGGCCAGUUCCAGUGUGUUAUCUGCAUGGACGAUACGGCCUGCUUGACCGUUACGCAUUGUGGUCAUCUCUUCUGUUCCGCAUGCCUUCACUCAGCACUACAUAUAGACAACAUGAAGAAGACCUGUCCCGUUUGCCGAACCAAAGUCGAUACGAAGGAGAAGAAGGGGAGAGGACAACAGAAGUCAUACUACCACCUCGAAUUGAAGAUCCUGACUGCCAACAAGAAAGGGAAACGACCCGCUGAAGCUUGAGCUAGCAAAUCGCUAGCUUACAACCAAUAUGGUGGACGUGGUGUCGGUGGGACAUGGUGCGAUAUUUUCGACAGACUAGAGUCAUAGAACGAAGACAUGCCGCAAGGCCCUAGCUCCCUAUGUGGUUGCAACAGGGGCAAUCUAAUAACGCGCUGACCUUCUCCCGAGAGGAGUUUACGGCCAACCUAAAAGGGGAAUAGGUAUUGGUCAUCAUGAACAGGCAUUGCAGCAUACGAAUAGGGGUUAGGUUUGAUGCGAGGUUUUGCAUGGAAACAGGAGUUCGUUCAUACCCACGGCUAGAUACCCCAUUUUUUUCGUCACGGUCCGGUUUAGGAGACUUUGCUGGGUUUGGAGCAUUUUGCCUAUCCAUUCUACGGAAACAGGCACGGCAGCAUCAUGGGGGAUAGGAAAGGAAAAAAUUAGGACAUAAUAAGAGAGCACAUUUGAACCCUUAA